GUUGGCGAAUCACAAGCGCGCAAUCUUCCACGGGAUAACGCGCAGAAACCCGUAACAGCCUUGGAAGGGGAAUAGAGGUUAGGCAACCAGCUGUCAGUCAACAAUUGUGAAGUCGGCUCGUGCUACUUUGAAACGCAGAAUUGGGUAUGCGCAAACUGUCGGCUGGCUACUGGAGACGUAUGAAUCCGAAUAGAGAAUCCGUGGUAUUAUAACCAUGGAUAAAAUGACACUUCAAGCAGCAGUUUACCUAUGUCUUGUCUUAUUCUUUUGGGAUAAAACUAUUUGUUUUGUAAGUUGCGCGUCAACUACAUAUUCCGGUGACGACACCUUCACCAUCCAGCAUGUGAGCACAGGAAAGUGCCUGGUAGCUAUGUCCAUGUCUGGGACUGGAGUUUCCGGGAUAGCAGGGGCUAAGUCUGCAGGGUCUGGGUUCAGCGUGACCCUGGGGGAGUGUGACGGCUCCAGGGGGUCCCAGUGGAAGUGGGGGUCCGGCCACCGUCUCUUCCACGUGGGCACGUCCCGGUGCUUGGGUCUGGAGGUGAAGACCAAGGCCCUGUCUCUGUUCAGCUGUGGCGUCAUGGAGGCCGUCAUGCUGUUCUGGCGCUGCCUUGACGAGGCCAUCUAUACGGUGUACCAGAUGGGCCUCACGGUGACCGACGGGCUGGUCAGUGCCAAGCGCGACUCCUCAGACGCCUGGAGGAGGGAUGAGUCGACCAAUAAUAUCUGCCAGCGGCCGAUGCGCAUUGUCCACACCACCAAUGGGACGUCGACCGGGGAGCCUUGUGAGUUUCCCUUCCACUACAACGGCAGCUGGUACCACGAGUGCCUCCCCGACGACCAAUCAUCUGGACUAUACUGGUGUUCCACAACCUCCGACUAUGAUGCUGACAAAAAGAUGGGAUAUUGUCUAAAACAUGAGGAAGGCUGCAAGGCCCUGUUCAAUGGCCCCGAGGGGGGACCCUGUUAUGAGUUUGUGUCCCAGGUCGCAGUGACAUGGCAGGAAGCUCUGGACUCUUGUCGCAGCCAGGGAGCUGACCUGCUCAGCGUCUCCAGCUCAGAGGACCAAGCCUUCCCCAUCUUGGACGUGGCCCAUAACAGCCGGCCAGAUAGGAUGUGGAUCGGCCUACACCAGCUGGACACGUCUCAGGGCUGGCAGUGGUCAGACGGCUCACCCCUCAACAACGUGCGCUGGGACAACGCAAUGCCACACACAUCAAUCCUAAGGGAGUCAGACUGUGGAUUCAUGAAUUCGAAAAACUACUACGAGAGUGAGGUCUGCGAUAAAAAGCUUCCCUACAUCUGUAAGAAAAACAUCAACGUCACCCAGUCGGUAGCAACAGAGCCUUUGGUAUAUAAAUCCACCAUAUGUGACGAGGGCUGGGCCCCUUGGAACAUGUUCUGUUACAAGCUGGUGAAGGAUGAACCGAAGAUGUUUGCUCAGGCCGAGAAUUACUGUAAGACCAUCGGAGGAGGCCUGGUCAGUCUACACAGCCUGGACAGCAUGGAGAUGAUCAGCACUCAGUUCCAUGCAGAUGUUGUGUUGGACGUGUGGAUCGGUCUGAUGGGGACAGGGAACCCAGCCAUCCUUAGCUGGGCUGAUGAGACACCAGUCUCCUUCACCUACUGGGACAGAAAUCAUCCUAUCCAACCCUCAGGAGACUCUGGCUGCGUCUCCUACUCCGGAGAGUCUCAUGGCUGGAGGGUUAGGAGCUGUGACCAGAAGCUGCCUUUCAUGUGUCAGAAGAAAGGAGAGGUGAACGAGUCUUCUACAGCAGGAUGUCCUCCUGAAGGGGACUGGAGGAGACAUGGGAACUCGUGUUACAAAGUGGACUCUAAAGAAGUGUCGUUCAAGGACAGGUGUGACCUCACCAUAAACAACAGGUUCGAGCAGGCCUUCAUCAAUAGACUCCUUGUGGAAGAGAUCAACGUAAAGAGACAGUAUUUCUGGAUGGGCCUCCAGGACAUAAAGACUUCAGGGGAGUACCAGUGGGUCGCUCAGGAUGGCUCGGGAACCAAUGUCGCAUACACCAACUGGGGCUGGUUUGAACCAGCCCUAGCAGGGGGCUGUGCAGUGAUGUCCACAGCCAAGCCUCUGGGUAAAUGGAUGGUAAAGAACUGCACCAUGUUUAAAGCUGGCUCCAUCUGUAAGAGAGACAUCGCCACUCCACAGCCCCUAGAGCCUGAGCCUGACCCAAACCUCCCCUGUCCCGAUGGAUGGACAUCCAGGCCUGGCAUUUCCUACUGCUACAAGGUGUUCCACGAGGAGAGGCUGAGUCGUAAGCGGUCCUGGGAGGAGGCAGAGAGGUUCUGUGAGGCCCUGGGGGCCCAUCUACCCAGCUUCAACCACCCACAGGAGAUGGGAGCCCUGAACUAUGUCAUGAGAGACUCCAUCAGCGAUGACCGGUUCUUCUGGGUGGGGCUAAACAGGAGAAACCCAGCUGCUGGUUCCUGGGAGUGGAGCGACAACAGGCCUGUGUCCAUGGCCAUUUUCCCCCAAGAGUUCCACGAGGAUGACGAGUACAACCGGGGCUGCACAGCCUUUAAGACACUGAAAGGAACCUUUAGGAGUUUAUUUGUCUUCCUGAUGCAUGAAUUCCCUCCUCUGCUGUUCUACGCCACCCCAUUCCACUGUGACGCCAGGCUGGAGUGGGUCUGCCAGAUCCCACGCGGAAAAACUCCCGAGAACCCAGUGUGGUACAAUCCUGGUGGGCACCAUGAGACGUCCAUAUUCAUUGACGGUAACGAGUUCUGGUUUGUGACGGAACCAAAGCUGCCAUACGAGGAGGCUAGUUUGUACUGCAACAGCAACGGCAGCAAGCUGGCAGCACCACAAAGCUCCAACGCAGCCAUACAGAUCCACAAUAAUCUGCCACAGAUGCCAGGAGGGAAGCAGAGCUGGUGGGUGGAUGUAAGAGACACUGGACACUACUUCCCCAUGAGGUUUUCCCAUAUGCGCUACUACCGUGCUGCGUUCCUGGGCAGGUGUACAACCAUCAGUGACAAGAACAUCUUCCCAGAGUACGAGUACAGCUGUGAGCUGAAGCUGCCAUUCGUGUGUGAGAGACACAAUACCACAGCUAUAGAGACCCACCCUGGAGAGCCUCACCCCAAUGGUCUGCCCUGUGAGAGUGACUAUUUGCGCUUCAGGGACAAGUGCUACGGGGUGAUCAAGCCUCUGUACCUGACUUUUCAACACGCCAACGAGCACUGUCAGUCGAUGAGAGGAACUCUACUCACUAUCACAGACCAAGUUGAACAGGACUUUGUGACCUCCCUGUUGCCGGCGCAGCCCCAGAAGACGUGGAUUGGCCUGAGGCUCAAACAGCAGGACCCAGAGUGGGUGGAUGACUCCCAGGUCUCCUACCUCAACUUUAACCCCCUGCUUCACGGCCUACUCAGGCCCAUACUCGUCAAUCUUCAUGACCCAGAGAGCAUUGAGCUGUGUGUCUUCGUGUUCAAAGACCCCAGCUCUGCCAUGAUGGGCUCCUGGGACUACACCUCCUGCUCUGACCAGCAAUAUGUGUCCAUCUGCCAGCACUACGCAGACAAGCCAGAGGAGCCCCAGUUCCAGUUGGAACCGUUCCAGGUCAACAACCACACCUUUAAGCUGCUUCUGAAGAACAUGACGUGGCACGAGGCUCUGGCGGAGUGCAGGAACCAGAACAUGGACCUGGCCAGCGUAGCCGACACCCUGCAGCAGUCGGUCCUCACCGUGCACGUCACCCGCGCACACAGCCCCAUGUGGAUCGGCCUCUUCAGCGCAGACAAUGGUGUCCACUACCACUGGACAGACCACAGUCACACAGUGUUUAGUCGCUGGUCCUCAGAGCCCACCGUUGGACGCUGUGUCUUCCUGGAUACGGACGGCUUCUGGAAGGCUACAGAGUGUAUGGAACAGUUGGCAGGGGCUAUCUGCCAUGUUCCACACGAAGAGACUCACACCACCCCUGAGGACCGGGCUGUGAAAUGUCCUCACAAGAGCAGCGGGCCAAACUGGAUCCCUUUCAAGAACAACUGCUACACCUUCCAACUGGCAUCGUCCAGAUGGGAAGAGUUUGACAAGGGCCAGAUACUUCAGACAUGCAAGAAACUGGAUGCUGAUGCAGACAUCCUGACCAUCAGGAACGUAGUGGAGAAUGAGUUUGUGAAGGAGCAGCUGCUUCCCUUUAAAGACCUGGUGCAGUUUGUCUGGCUAGGGGUGUUCAACGAUGACAACGAUAACCAGAUGAAGUGGUAUGACGGUACCAACGUCCAGUACUCUAACUGGGGAGAUGGAAGACCAAGCGUCUCAGCCAGCGAUGAGUUCAUGGCUGGUCUCAACACUGAGGGAGUCUGGGAUAUAUUCACCAAGAAACGCCACUUCAGCCACUUCAAGCAGAGAAGCAUUGUGGCCUGCAAAUUGGAUAAAGACUCUAAGGACGAAUACAAUCAGUCGGUCAGGGACUUUGAGCACUAUGGCAACCUGAGCUACCACGUGAUAACCAGGAAGUUGAGCUGGUUCCAGGCGCUGGAGGAGUGUGGCCGUGGCAACGGACACCUGGCCAGCGUGCAUGACACCGGGCACAACGCUCACAUGGAGCUUAUCGCCAAGCGAGACGGCUUCCCGCUGUGGAUCGGUCUGUCCAGUCAGGAUGCUAGUGGCUCUCAGUCUUAUGAGUGGUCCGAUGGGACUAAGUAUCAUUACAGUCAGGCGGGACUCUCUGACACUGUUGUCAAGUCCAGCUCAGACCCUCAGGGUGUCUGUGUGUACAUCACUCCCCAUGGCACCUGGAUGAGAAUGGACUGCAAUGCCAAGCUGGACGGAGCCAUCUGCUACAACACCACCAUCACCACCCCCACUCAGAGAUCGAACCUCGCAGUUCCCCAGGUGGCCAACAACUGCCCUCAGAACAGUGGCUCGUCUAAGUGGGUUGAGCACCAGGACCACUGCUAUGCUUUUGACAUGACCUUUUAUAACUACUCUGUGUACAGCAUGGAGGAUGCCAAGAGCAUCUGUGAAAGGCUUGAUGCACAGCUGCUGACCAUAAUGACCAGAGAGGAGAAUGACUUUGUCUCUGGCUACAUGGCAGACAACCCUCUCAUUACCAGUAGGGUGUGGCUCGGCAUGGACCUGGACAAACAAGGUCAGCCAGUGGGCUGGGUGGACGGUUCCUCUCUGGCCUUCUCUAACUGGGAGACCAAGGGUUCUGCUAGUGGGGUGAAGACAGCGACCCAGCAGAACCCCUGUGCUGUCAUGGUAUCUGCAGACGGAGGCAUCUGGAGCAGAGUCAGCUGCAAGGACAGCCACAGCCGCAUCGUCUGCAAAGUACCCGCACGGUCGGGGAGCGUCCCGGUGGCGCUGGUCUUCUUCCUGGUCGUCCUCACCGCCCUUCUGGCGGCCAUCGGCUUCGUCGUUUAUAAGAAAAGCAGGGCCAGAUUCAACUCCACCGUGCGCUACAGGAGAACCAUUGAUGAUGCUGACAGCACUAGUAUAAUGGAUGCAGAGUGAGACUUGUCUUCUAUCUAUGCAGUUUAAAGAAGCAGUUAUUUGCCUACAAUUAUUCAGUAUGGAAAUAUGAUUAUGCAGCAAACUGAAACCUGGCUGCCUUUUCAUUUUAAAAGACAACUUUAUUUAUUUGUAUAAAUUCCCAAGCAAGCUUUUUAGCAUUUUCUGUGACAUUGUAAAUAUUGGCAAAAGGAUUUUGAAAAUCCCCAAACUAGCAUUUUAGUAUUUUUUAGGUGUUUUACCUCAUAAUGUUUUAAUUAAAUUUACAAUGAUUAUUUUAGAGAAAGAGCUGCCACAUUGAACAGUUGCUGCAGUGUUGAUGGACUUGACAGAAAAGGCACUGGAUACGUGAUGCUUGUUGUCAGGGUAUUUUUCCUUCUCGGAAGCACUGAUGUUUCUCUCUGUGGUUAUUUUGUCAUGGAGGAAGGUGUCGUUUUCACUGUUGGUCAUUGGCGAAAGAAGGAACAACUGCAUCAUGGCACUUUCAUUAACAGAACGAUAAUCCUUAUUAGCUUGACGUAUUUUGAUUUUAAAAAAUAAUUUAAGGUCAAAUACAGGUACUCUAGCUAAUGCAGUCCAACACAGACUCCCUUAGACAAUUUGGAGUGGCAUGCAUUCAUUUGCCCAUUUCAACUACAUGCAAUUCAUUCAAACUGUAAAUGCCUUAGGUGCAUUCUCUUUGUCGUUAUGACUAUAACCUUCCUCUCCUAUGCGCUCAAACUACUGAGAACAUUUGCACUUUAAAUUGAAACGUUUUAUCGUGAAUAAUGCCUUAGCAGUUGUUUCUGCCACGUUCAAGCACAAUAGUUGUCUUGUUUUAGGGGUGUUAAUUUGGGGUUAAUGUUUUCAAAGGUCGCUCUUGCUGAGGCCUCAAACUGCACACAGCUGCUGUAAAUGCUUUGUAAAUAUUUAAAUUCUUUUUUUAAAAUUGUAUUAUGGAGAAUCUAAACCAAAGAAGUUUUUUUGAAUCUUGUGAAUGUCGAUAACCUGGACAUUCCUCUAGACUUUAUUUGGAUCUGCCUUGCAACAAUGCUUGUUAACUAGGAUUACCAUUCCCAAAAUGUUCAACAGUAUCUUCAUUUUGGUCCCAAGCUGACCAUCCACUCCACUCUGGUCAAAUACUGUCUUCCAAUAAAAUAGGUUUGUCUUUAAA